GGCCACCCAGCCGGGCACCUCCUGCAGGGGAGCCUUCCAGAGGGAGCCUCGCCCAGCCUCUGCCCCGGGGACCCCGUGCACAGCACUGCAGCCACGGGCCCAAGAUGCCAGCUGUCCGGCUGCUGCUUCUGGCCUGUCUGCUGUGGGGUGUGGGGGCCAGGUCAGCCCAGCUCCGCAAGGCCAACGACCGGAGUGGCCGAUGCCAGUACACCUUCAGCGUGGCCAGCCCCGCUGAGUCCAGCUGCCCCGAGCAGGGCCAGGCCAUGUCAGCCAUCCAGGACCUGCAGAGAGACAGCAGCAGCCAGCGCGCCGACCUGGAGAGCACCAAGGCCCGGCUCAGCUCCCUGGAGGGCCUCCUCCGCCAGCUGACCGGGGCCCCGGCGGCUGGGCCCUCGGAGGGGCCGCCGAGGGAGCUGGACGCCCUGAUGAGGGAGCGAGAACAGCUGGAAAGCCAAGCCCGGGAGCUGGAAACGGCCUACGGCAACCUUCUCCGGGACAAGGAGGUGCUGGAGGAGGAGAAGAGGCGGCUGGGGGCAGAGAACGAGGAUCUGGCCAGAAGGCUGGAGAGCAGCAGCCAGGAGAUAGAAAGGCUCCUGAGGGGCCAGUGUCCCCAAGCCCGCAGCGCCUCUCCGGAUGUGCCCCCAGGCUCCAGGGAAGUUUCUAGGUGGAAUCCGGAGAACGUGGACUUCCAGGAACUGAAGUCAGAGUUAACCGCGGUUCCUGCUUCCCGCAUCUUGAAGGAGAGUCCACCUGGCCACCCCGGGAGUGCCGGCGGGGACACUGGAUGCGGAGAGCUGGUUUGGGUGGGAGAGCCCGUGACUCUGCGAACAGCUGAGACCAUCACGGGCAAGUACGGGGUGUGGAUGAGAGACCCCAAGCCCGUCUACCCCUACACGCAGGAGACCACGUGGAGGAUCGACACGGUGGGCACCGGCAUCCGCCAGGUGUUUGAGUACAGCCGCCUCAGCCAGUUCUUGGAGGGCUACCCCUCCAAGGUGCACGUGCUGCCCCGGCCGCUGGAGAGCACGGGCGCCGUGGUCUACGGGGGGAGCCUCUACUUCCAGGGGGCCGAGUCCAGGACGGUGGUCAGGUACGAGCUGAACACCGAGACUGUGAAGGCCGAGAAGGACAUCCCGGGAGCCGGCUACCACGGCCAGUUCCCGUAUUCCUGGGGCGGCUACACGGACAUGGACCUGGCCGUGGACGAGUCGGGCCUGUGGGUCAUCUACAGCACCGAGGAGGCCAAAGGCGCCAUCGUCCUGUCCAGGCUGAACCCCGAGAGUCUGGAGCGUGAGCAGACCUGGGAGACGAACAUCCGGAAGCAGUCCGUGGCCAACGCCUUUGUCAUCUGCGGCACCUUGUACACCGUCAGCAGCUACUCGUCGCCCGAUGCCACUGUCAACUUCGCGUAUGACACGGGCACGGGGAGCAGCAAGGCCCUGGCCAUCCCGUUCAAGAACCGCUACAAGUACAGCAGCAUGAUCGACUACAACCCCCUGGGGAAGAAGCUCUUCGCCUGGGACAACUUCAACAUGGUCACCUACGACGUCAGGCUCUCCGAGGUGUGAGAGGCAGGCACGCUGGGUCAGGAAGGGCAGCGGGAGAGGGCGUCUGGGGGUCCCCAGGGGCUGGCCAGCCAAAGCCCAGCAGUUGUCCUCUGCGUCCCGCGCUUUCGCGAAUCCAGGAGAACGCGCCCCCUUG